AUCUUAUUUGCGUGACAAAAUAAAACAACAUAUUCAAAGCACGGACGCCGGUUUUGAAUUCGCACCGUGCUUUUUCCUCCCCAGCUAUUCUGGUUGACGCUGUGCCAUGGCGACAAAACUGUUUGAAAUUCAGCGUACGGGGACCUUUGCUUGGAGCCCAUCUCCGACCAUUCCAGCCAUGGCCGUGGCAUCUCCUUCUCAUCGUCAAUCCGAUGCAGCAGUUCAGUCAGCCGUUAUUGAGCUAUUUUACCUACCGCCUUUUCCUUCAAAAAGUUACAGUCAAACAUUAUCCGCCCAGGGCACAGUAACCUGCUUGUCAAGAAUAUCGACUGUUGAAUGGGGUCAUGUCACAGCAAGCAGACCGCAUGGAAUUCUGGCUUCGGGAACCAUCUCUGGUGAAUUAUUGUUAUGGGAUGCUACGCUUAUUUUAGAAGAACAAAGGUCAAGCAGGGAUGCCUUGAUAAUACGUACUCGGAAGCAUGCAGGACAUCUACGGAGCCUUUGUUUUAAUAGACAUCAGCCAAACUUGUUGGCUACUGCCGGAGAAUAUGGUGAGAUGUUCAUCUGGGAUCUAACCAAUCCGAACAAGCCUUACACUCCGAAUAACAGGAUAUCGAAACAAACCCAUAUUGUUCGUGCAGCGUGGAAUAAUCAAGUACAACACAUUAUUGCAACAUCUUGCUCGCACGGAGACACCAUGGUCUGGGAUUUGAGAGCCAAAAAGGAAGUAAUGGUUAUCUCGAGUCCAAUCAAAAAUAAUACAGUCAAAAGUGUCAAUGCGCUGGCAUGGCAUCCUGAUAAGGCAGCCCAGCUCGCUACUACCUACGAUGAUGAUCAAUAUCCAAGCAUCUAUCUGUGGGAUUUAAGGCAUGCGAAUUCCUAUAUUAUCGCGCUUUCCGGUCAUCGAGAAAGCGUACUCGAUCUCGCGUGGUGUGAUCAAGACGCCAACUUACUGUUAUCCGCUAGUAAAGAUGGACGGAUUGCUGCUUGGUCUACGGAUGCCAGCGAAUAUCUCGGAGACCUCUCAAAAUCAACGGAGCCCAUAUCACAGAUUCAUUUUCGUCCUUAUGACCCACGUCUGCUCGCUUCUGCCGAUCAAAGCGGAAAGAUCGAUAUUUAUUCUAUGGGCAGUACUUAUAAGCGUAGUACCAUCUCAUGUCAUGCAAAGGACGAGCGACAGUAUACCAAUGACAACAAGCGUUCGCUGCUAUUACGAGAACCACCGAAAUGGCUUCGACGUCCUACAGGUGCUUCCUUUGGGUUCGGGGGGAAAUUGGUGAUUUUUAGAAACUCCAAUCAAGCAAAGGAGAGCCGGCAAAGCCCUCGACAAGUCGUCAUUCAAGCCGUCAGAAACAAUUCUUUGCUGAUGGCAGAGGCAGAAGCAGUAAAUGCAGCGACGAAAAAAGAUACUAUUCAACUUAUUAUACAACAACGAUACUCUACGUCAAUAGACGAGAACGCAGUCAUGAAUGAGUGGGAACUAUUCCGCAUUCUCACAGCACAAGAUUCGCGGACGCAACUGUUGAAAUACUUGGACUAUGAUUCCUCGCAGGUGACAUCGUCGAUCGCUUCCCUAUUUAAGGAUCUUCCUUCAAAGGACAAGCAGGAAAAUGAACCGGCUGCAGCUCUUGACCAUACCUCACCCACAGCAUUUAAAUCAGUCAUUCCUACAUCGAUCGGUUCCCUGUCUCAACUGUUUCCUCACUUACCCACGGAACCUCCAUUUCCUACGGCAGCUUCAUUGACCAAAGUGGAACCAUUAACGACGCAGCAGCUGUCAUUUUUUUCUACCCAUACUUCCGCUACCGACCAGGUCAUAACACGGGCACUUAUCACUGGGGAUUUCCUUUCAGCAGUUAAUACAUGUCUUGUAAAUGAUAAUUUAGCGGAUGCACUAGCCAUUGCAUAUUACGGUGGCGAAGAUUUAUUUAUUUCCACGUUACAGCAGCACUUCCAGCGUCGAUCGACCAAGAAACCGUACUUGCAGCUACUACAUAGCCUUGCAGACGAUGAUUUAGCGUUUAUUGCCUAUCAUAUCGCCAUCGACGAAUGGAAAGCGGCCAUGGCUGUAUUCUGUACCUUUGCAAAGCCUGAACACUUUGCAUCUCUUUGCGACCUUCUCGGCAAACGCCUCGAACAAACAAUGGUAGACAACUUGUCCAAUCACGAUCAACACUACGGUUAUUAUGCUCUCCUUUGCUAUAUUGUGGCGGGUUCUUUCGAAAAUUGCGUUCGUUUAUGGUUGUUGCUGCAGCAGCAAAAUGGCUCCAAGGAUGCGAGUGCUGAAUUGCACAGAUUGGUCCAAAAAUGCAUCAUCUUUUCAAAGGUUUUGGAUUACGAAGAUCCAGCUUUCAAUCGAGAUAGCGACAGUGGGAGUGAUCACUCCCUUGAUGGGCUGUAUGAGAUUUAUUCAGGGUAUGCAAAAUUCCUUGCCAGCGAAGGCCGACUGGACAUUGCGUGGAGUUAUCUGCAGCGUAUACCUCCGACAUGCUCAAGUGCCCUACAUACCGACGUCCUCAUGAUGCAAGAUCGUAUUUAUCGUGCCAUGGCUGGAGUUAACAGAAAUGACGACCAGCUGUUUCCGCUCACGCAUGUGUCGCUCUCCACCGAGGUAUUUACUUCUGCCAAAUCCAACGAUGCUACGUUGCAAAUACAUAAAACCGACAAGAUAAAGGAUAACAAGCAAUAUACAGCCGACUCGCUUACAAUCACUUCAUGGAAACCACUGCACAAGGCCGAGCCACUGUACGAUCCAUUGACCACUGCAGAGCAUACGCCAUCAGAUGAACAGCAAGUGCUGGCGAAAGCAUUCGAUAACGGAGACGACGUCUUUGAAGGGUUCGUUUACAAUACAUCUCCGUCCAACGAGCUUGAAAGUAAGGUCGCGUCAAAGCUUGUUGUUUCAAGGCCCCACCAAAAAUUGGAACGUGAACCGUCCUUGAGUAAUAUACCUUCAGCUGUUCCUUCUUCUUCUGAUACCCCUUUGCCAACUCCUUGGGCAGUCUCCACUCAGCCAUUGGACCAAUAUGACAUGUAUAAUUCACCUUCACCCUCACCUUCACUUGCGAUAACGGCUGUUCCCAUAUCCUCUCCGAGCCCACUCGAUAACCUGUGGGCUGAUGAAAACCACAGCCACGAUUUCAUCGAAUUCCACGACGCGAGUCCACUCAUUCACCAGGAUGCAAAACUCCAGGGAUUCACUCAACAACCAAACUACACUUUUAUGUAUGAUCAGCAACAGCUAGAGACAGAUUACAUCAAGCAAGUGCCUCGUAAAAAGGAACAGGCUCAGCGGUUUGUCUAUGAGCGAAAUCACUUGUCCGCAACGCAACGACCCAUUUACGACGUUUUAUCUCACAUCUUGCGACAAACCAGACAGCAGUUACCUGUAAGAGCAAUAACAUGAAUUACGGAUGAUUAGAUAUUAACCAAGACAUAGGCGAGUUACAAGAGAGAGCUGAACGAUACGGAACGUCGACUGAAUUUGUUAUACAAGCAAAUGCAUCGCAAUGACUUAUCAGAGAAUGUGGAGAAACUGAUGGGCUCUCUUGUUCAAGGUAUUUCGUUAGAUUAAAGGCCUUUGAAGCGUAUAUCGUGACUGAUAUAACUUUUUUUUUUUGGGAUUGUAAAGCCCUCCAGCAAGGCGAUUAUGAAGCAGCGCAUAAUCACCAAAUAAAUCUCGUAACAAGCAGUUACAGCGAAUGCGGAUCAUGGCUGGUCGGAGUCAAGCGGAUAAUUAUGUAUGCGAAAGACAGCGCCAGCAAAUAAAACGAACCCUACUUUUUUAUCCUUUUG